GCGUGCAAAUGUCAAGGCAGAAGUUGUGUUGGAAGAGUGAAUGUUUCAUGGGAAACAAAUGAAAGUGGUUCUCAUCCGUAUGCUUUGUUAUCUCUCGAAUUGUACGAAUAAAAAUAAUAACUGUACCAGUUUCGUCAAAGGAUGAUUAUCGUCAUGUUCCCGGGAUACGAAUUCCACCGAUCCUGAUGGUGGAAGCUACACAGUGGAUCGCUUAAAAUUGUUUAUUGUUUAUCCUUUAAAAGCCAGAGAUUAGCCAAAAAGCGAAAUUGCGAAGCGUCCUCGAAUGAAGUUCCGGAAAGUGUUCUCAUAAAUUCCCCCUGGUUGGUGGAAUUAAAUAUUUCUGUUGUGAUCUGUGUUUUGUUUUGUGGAGUUUAGAGGAAGAGGAAGAAAACAGUGAUUGGAAGAGGCAUUCGGUAGCAAAAUGCGGACAUCGAAAGAAAAUCGACACUAUUGGAUUGAAUAUGCAGCAAUCUUGAUGGUUUCGUUGGGAUGGGCUGUGAGUUCGGAGAAAAUUCCUGCUAUACCGACUAACAACAUAUCCAACAAGGAGCGCCAUCAGCUGAAGGAGGAAGCAAGAGAAAUGUUUUACCAUGCCUACAAUGCUUACAUGGAUAAAGCUUAUCCGGCAGAUGAACUGAUGCCCCUCAGCUGUACCGGGAGAUAUCGGGGAAUAACGCCUUCGAGGGGAGACUUAGACGAUGUGCUGGGGAACUUCUCGAUGACGUUAGUGGACACACUGGACACAUUGGUCAUUCUCGGGGAUCUAGAAGAAUUUGAACGAGCUGUGAAAUUAGUGAUUAAGGAUGUACAAUUUGACAACGAUAUAAUUGUGUCCGUGUUCGAAACCAAUAUCAGAAUGAUCGGUGGUUUACUGUCGGCACACAUCCUCUCCGAAUACAUCCAGAAGCAGGCAGACGUAAUGACCUGGUACCGGGGUGAGUUGCUUGAAAUGGCUAAAGAUUUGGGCUAUCGUUUACUGCCAGCAUUUAACACAUCCACCGGGAUCCCUCACGCGAGGGUUAAUCUAAAGCAUGGUAUGAAAGUGGAAGCCUUGCGUCAUUCCAGAGAGACUUGCACAGCAUGUGCAGGAACAAUUUUGUUGGAAUUCGCAGCCCUGUCCAGGCUCAGUGGGGAACCAGUUUUUGAAGCGAAAGCUCACGCCGCCAUGGAUGGGUUGUGGAAGAUGCGGCAUCGAAGCACCGAACUGAUGGGUACAGUUUUGAACGUUCAUUCCGGGGAUUGGGUUCGACGAGAAUCGGGAGUCGGUGCAGGGAUCGAUUCCUAUUAUGAGUACCUGCUGAAAUCGUACAUACUUCUGGGUGAUGAGCGAUAUCUGGGGCGAUUCAAUAGACAUUACGCUUCGAUCAUGAAAUACAUCAGUCAGGGUCCAAUGCUGCUGGAUGUGCAGAUGCACCGUCCGCAUAGUAAAACUAGAAAUUUCAUGGAUGCAUUGUUGGCUUUCUGGCCCGGAUUACAGGUGCUUUCGGGAGACCUAAAACCAGCUGUACAGACACACGAGAUGCUCUAUCAGGUCAUGCAGAUGCACACCUUUAUUCCGGAAGCGUUUACAUAUGAUUUUCAGAUUCAUUGGGGUCAACAUCAUUUGCGGCCAGAGUUUAUCGAAUCCACGUAUUUCUUGUAUCGUGCAACGGGAGAUCAUUAUUAUCUGCAGGCUGGUAAAAAGGCGAUGAAAGCACUGCAGAAAUACGCCAAAGUUCCCUGCGGUUACGCUGCGGUUAACGAUGUGCGUACGGGUAAACACGAGGACCGAAUGGAUUCCUACGUUCUGUCGGAAACCAUAAAAUAUUUGUACCUUUUAUUUUCUGAGCCAUCGGAUUUGCUGUUGAAUAUAGAAAAUUUUAUUUUCACGACGGAGGCACAUCUACUGCCACUUACCUUAGGUCAAUUGGGUAAUCAUACCUUUAAUAUGAACGAAGAAGAACGAGGCGGAAUGCUAGAUUUUACGCGAUCCUGCCCAAGUCCCAAUAAGUUGUUUCCUGAAACGGUUAGACGUCCCCUUAGAGACCUGGUUACGGGAGUAUGCCCGCGUAUAUCGAGUGCCAAAAGACUUAGAGCGGCUGACUUUCAAGCAAGCAAUGCAGAUCAUCUACGGACAGUUCAUGACAUGGGUAUUACGAUGGUUUCUCUAGGCGAAGGAAAGGUUCAACUGCUGCAUAGCUUCUACAACGCGAAAUCACCAGAAGAUGCCGAAAGAGGCCUAAUAUUCAUGCAAGAAAUGGUCGAGCUGUCCAAGUCGAACGCAAUUCCAAAGACACAAUUACAGUGUGUAUCAUUCCGAAGGUCCGGGAAGGAGAUGCAAACCCUUAAAGCAGGGCCCAGCCAUUUCGGACCGGAGCUGACCGGAGAUAUGUCGAUCUCCCAGAGAGGUGUUUUUGCAUCGCCAUCGAAAGUUUGCACAAGCCUCAAGAACAGCAAAGAGUUGAACGGUAGGAUCGCUGUGGUUGAACGCGGAGACUGCACCUUUGUGGACAAGGCUCGAAGGGUACAGUCUGCAGGAGCGGUAGCUGCUAUAGUGUAUGACAACACGCCCAACACAUCGAUCGACAAUCAACAAAUGUUCGCCAUGUCUGGCGAUGGACGGGAUGACGUCAAAAUCCCGGUCGUGUUCCUGUUCACUAAGGAGGCAAAAGUGCUGAUAGCGGCAAUCAAAAAAGAACCUGAGCUUGAGAUUACUCUUAAGUCUGUGAUGGAGCUGGUGGAACAACAGUUUGAUUCGUUGCCGAAUGCGAAGGACAAAGUUUCCAAACAUGAUUCCAAGACUGAAGUAAUACAGACCUCCAGCGAGUCAAAACAAGCGCCAUAAUAAUAAAACAUUGCGUCUCUCCGAACGAGGCAAAUCCAAACUAGGUGUGAGAAUGUGAACGAGAGCAAAUAAAUAGCAUUCUUCAUUGAAUGAAAUUCCAAGAAGCUGGUUGGUAUGAAUGUGAUAAGUGUGAGAAGUUAUGUUUUUAGUAUACAUAUUUUUUGAAGUGAUACAUUCGUUGACCGAGUUGAAGUGUGAUGUAAAAAUACUGAAGUAGUCCUGAAAAAUGUGUAGCUAAGACCUAGUGUAUAAUAUGUUUUUAGGUAAGAUUCCGAAAAAAUAUAUUAAACUUUGCAACGA